AUGUUUAAACGGCUUCUUCUGGGCUCGUUGCUGGUCGCAGCGUUGGCCUUGUUCUUUGCUCAGGACUCCCCGCAGCGUCCCACUCCCAUUCAAGGCCGGAACAAGACGGCUCUGUUUCUGGUUAACGAGGAACAUGGCCUAUCCAACGUGCACAUCGCUACGGCGUCAGCAUUGCUCGAAAAGCACCCGGAUAUCGAGGUUCAUUUUGCUUCCUUCUCCAAGAUUGAGAGCAAGUUAGAGAGGAUCUCGCAUUUUGCACGAAAGCACAAUCCCGGGACCCGAGGUGUCGUGUUUCACAAGCUUAGUGGACCCUCGUACGCCGAUUCGAUACAGCAGGUUGGAAAGUCACUUGACAACAUUCCUCACCCGCCGGGUAUGGCUGGCAUUGAUCAUCUGUGUGAGGAUAUGCAGCUAUGGAUCUCUCCGUGGUCGGCAGAGGACCAUUUCGCACUGUAUCAAGAGAUGCAAGCCCUCAUCGAAGACAUCGACCCUGCGGUUGUCGUACUGGAUACACUGUUUCGACCUGGCAUAGAUGCAGCUCGUGACAUGAACCGUCUGCAUGCCAUCAUCAGUCCCAACUCAGUGGUCGAUAACUUUCUGGGUGAUCAGCCUUAUGGCAGCAUGUUUUGGAAAUAUCCAGCUUGCAGCAUGUCGUCGGGCUUUGAUUUCCCUGUCCCUUGGAGGAACCUCCCCGAGAACAUCUACCUCAACAUGAGAUUCAUCUACAGUGUCGUCAUGACUCCUGGCCUCAGCGCCAAGCGAAAGAUUCUCCGAGAAAAGGGCCUACAGGAUCCAAUCAACUUCUUUUCCAUUUAUCGACAAGAUGCACCUUGGAUCAGCAUGACGACAGAGGGAGCUACUAUCCCGGUCGAUUAUAUCCCGCCCAAUGUCACUCUUGCUGGACCAAUAGUAGUCUCAGCCGCCUCAGCCGAGGAGCAAGACCCCAAGUUGGUCGAGUGGCUGAAGAAGGCACCAACCCUAUUGGUCAACCUAGGAAGCUCAGUUUCUACAAACGUGCAGGUGUUGUGGAAGUUUAACAAGCACGGAGACUACUCGGACGACAUCUUUGCGCAACUGAAGCCUCAUCUUGACAGCGGUCGCCUCAAGAUGGAAAAGUGGCUCACCGUUGAUCCAACCUCUCUCCUUUCCUCAGGAUACAUUGCAGCCUCGGUCCACCACGGAGGAGCCAACUGUUACAACGAAGCCAUCUAUGCUGGAGUUCCCCAUAUCAUCAUUCCCCUGUGGGCUGACCUAUACGGAUACGCUGCUCUAGCUGAAAACAUCGGGGUCGGAGUCUGGGCAUGCCGAGGUACCAACCCCGACUGGACUGUCGAUCAUCUAAGCCAGUCCCUCCUGAAGGUUCUUGACAGCGGAGAAGCAAGCUUAUCAAUGCGGGAAAAGGCCAAGAAACUAGCUAAAAAGAUCCAUGCCGGUGGGGAGGGACGGGAAAUUGCUGCCAAGAAAAUAGCUGAGCUGGCCUACGUUGCGAGUCAUGAGGCUUGA